AUGCUGCCGUCUGCGUGCUUCCUGCAGCAACCCAGGGCCAACUGGGACUCGUGGGAGAGAACGGUGUGGAGCGACGGUUACUCAACGGCGGAAGGAGUCAAGGACUCAAGGGGACUGAAGUUCAAAAUGGCAGGCGCAAGAUGCCAACCUACUCCCGUCAGACACUUGAGCUCCCGUCGUCAAUACACGUACCUUUCUCAGGCACCUUGCCUUGUCUUACCUAAAACCAAGAUACAUAGGCAGGAAUGGGCAAGGAUAUGCGAUGAGUUCCCGUCCCGCCCCCUCCCCGCCUUGGACGUCUCCUUCCUACGCAACGGGUUUCGCUUUCCCGGACUGCCAUGUUUCCCUUGUGUCCGUCUUCCUUCCGGAAACGACCACUUGAACCGACCAGUAAGAGUCAUGGCCGCCGGAGCCAAAGCCGGAGCGGGAGGCCAUAAUCAGAUUGCAAGCUGCCGAUCCGAUAGAGCUUGCACGAAUGCCCCAAUGUCAGGGAAGUUUCUCUCCCAGUGUGGCAGAGGGUUCAUCUCAUUACCAAAUUCACGACUCCCGUUGUCCACUGCACUUUCUCCGCAAUCGCCAUUUGCUAAAUUCAUCACUUCGUCCCGGAAAGACAUGCAAUUUACCAGACAGCUGCCAGACAGGCUAGCCAUGACUUACUAUCCGACCGUCUGGAAAGCUUCAUUUCGUUUCUUCAAUUCGCCCGCCUUAUCCGUCCAUCACUUCACUCUGUCCGGCAAACCCAAUCAACGUUCUGAAUCAGUCUGCAGCAAUUUCCAUGCGACUCCCCAAUCCGACCUUCACCUGGCCGUAAUCUUCCCAGGAACCCAGAACACAGGAUACGGCAUACGGGAUCCCAACAACCUAAGCACCCGCGUCUCUUGUCCCGAACUGAAGGUUCUCACUCGUCGACACAUCCCCGGAGCCCUGGAUUUCCUUCCCGUCCUCUCGGCCAACCCUGGUGCCUUCUCCAGCCCGCCGAUACUACGUGGAAUCCGACCGGGAUCUUGUUCCUUUCCUCAACCCAAAAGAGAACACACCGCGUACGGUCAUCUGCGGACUACUGCACAUUGCGUCGCCCAGUUGCGUAAAGCAGCCAAGUCGAAAGCCCUGUACUGCAGAACCUGGCAGUAUCCGUACGCUGUACUGAUGCAGAGAGCAUUUCUCGUCUCUCGGGCUCCGCAGAAACUGGCUGCGAAAGACCUUGCUUGCCAUGCCUAUUGGAUAACCAGGCCGUACCUAGUCCGGUGCCCCUGCAGAUGGCCUCGGCUUCGCUUGGCGGCCUACGGAUUCACUAUGCACGCAGUACCAGACAAGCCAAGCUCCCAUGUGCGCUUGCUUUUGCUCUGCCGCACCGCUGCACCGUGCCGUCCCCAUUAUCCCUUCGCCCCGAAAAUGGGACUGGCCUACGUCCGUACCUGCGCAGCUCUGGAUACGCUGUACUACUCCAUAGUCGCCCUCGGUCCCGUGUUACUUGCGGAUUACGAAGCAGCAUACGUACAGAGAUCUACCCUGCGUAUCUUGCGGUCAUGGCCAUGGAUACCGUCACACUCACUGCUGCUUUGCUUCUCCAUUACCUCUACCUUUGAGCGAAUAGGCAGUCGUCCCGCCUCUGUGGGACAGUGGAAACAGAGAAGAAAAACGGCUCUGGCGCCGUUGUCUGUGCGUUGGGUGUAUGCAGGCACGCAACUCUGCCAAUGCCUGUCGAGAGUUCUGACGAGCUUUGAAAUACCCGGUGCCCGCAAUGGAGAGGACACGAGCAACAUAUGCAAAGGCGGACAGCAUGGGGGGAAACAGAGGGUCUCAAAAGCUCGGCUUGUUCGCGACUCAGUCAAUCAGUCCCUCUUUGAGUUCCUCACGCCCAUGGGAUACUCGACAGGCAGAUAG